ACAAACCGGUGAUUUUCUCAUGUGCCUCUAGUCCAUCUGACUGUCUCGCCUGGCCAGUUCGCACCUACCAAACGUUGCGCCACUCUAGCCAUCAGAUAAUCACACGCUUGAUUGUGCUUGUGUUUGCCUUCCAGGUUCUUUUCGCCUCCCCCGUGGUCACGAUCAGCGAAUGACGCACGCUGGAUUCCGUCUCAAUGCGAGGAUUCUGCUCUUCUGCCGCCUCCAGGUUGUCUGCCUAUCCCAUUGCGUCCUCACAAUGCAAUACAAUUAUUUCUUGCCAUUGACCAUUCUAUUGUUCUUUUUUGCCUCUGUACAGAUUCAUUCUCAAUGGAGCCUACUGACGUUGCGACACAAUAUCCCAUUCUCCCAUCUAUUCACCCCAUUAAACACAAGCAUAUACACUUCUCCCGCUAUCUACAGGAACUUCGGUCUAACCUCCCCUCUUGCCAUACACUUCAUACUGGGGACUCGGCGCGCUAUCGCUGUUGUUCGAGAUCCACUGACGCUCUAGGUCGAGGAACUCUUUUUCCGAUCAGACUCAUACUCUACUAGGCUGUGUUGAACCACGGUUGAAAUCUGAGUCCGGCGUUGUCUGCGUCAGCAACGCGCGCGUGCCCGACCGGUCUGAGGACCUGCACCCAAGAACCAGUGUUGCGCUCUUCGAAUCAAACUUUGACGGUGACUCCUUGAGCACCUAUUUUGCAGGCUCAUAUUUAAGAUUCCUCGCUCCUCGUUCGCAGAGCAUCUUCUCACCAAAUAAUCGGACCCUGAGGACCCGCACCCUGAGGACCUGCACGCAGAACCUGUGUUGAGACAGGCUGUGCGAAUCAAACUUUGGCGUUGAGGACCUUCCGUGCAGGCUCAUAUUCAAGAUCCGCCCCUCCUCGUUCGCAGAACUUAUAUACUAAACGAUCGUGCUUCAUUGCACAAUUCUGCUUCCUCCAAGACCACCUCCUACAUCGAAACGAACCAUCAUACUCGAAGCUUCCAGCAAGAGAAAUCACCAAACUCGAAGCCUCUAGCAAGAGUAAGGCAGGUCAUACACCAUGAGUGCCUGGAGUCGCCAUAUGACACCUGAGCAGUUCUAUUCUUUUACUGGAGUGGCCUUGGAAGUGUGGAGGGCCUAUUCAGAACACGAGCAAGAGGCAGCUGUCGGAAUGUUAGAUCUCGCACAUCAGAAAUGGAAUAACCUGACCAACAAAUACAAACUGGCCAACAGGCACAAAUUUUCCCACAAGCACAAACUGGCCAACAAGCACAAAACGGCCAAUGCUGCCAGCGAGGCGGGCGUCAUAGCCAAAACAUCUGUCACCCCACCCAUCAAGGACGAAAGGGGUAGCGAUGGUGCAAUUCAGAUGAACGUGAACCCCGAAACAGCUCUCGCUACGUCCAACACUCACAAAAAGAGUGAUGUUACGACCCAGAAGGACAUCAAACGCCAAAUCUCUGGACCCCAGAUCUCUGGAACCCAAACCAAAAAGCGCAAGAGGGACGACGAUGCGAAGGACGUGGCAUCCAAAACGUCUGGAUCCCAAACUAAAAAGCGCAAGGUGGACGACGAUGUGAAGGAAGUCGCAUCCAAGGGCAAGAGACUACCCCACGCAGUGAAAGAGCGGGAUAAUAAGCAGUCGAGUGUGUCCACUUCUCUUGGCCACCACUUCAGAAGGGCUGUGAGAGCCCGAGAGGAGGGUAUGAAAAACAGCGACUAUGCGGUGGUCAGGGAUGCAAUCUUGCCUGACAACAGCCAUGCAGCCAAUCUCCGCAGACCUGAAAUCGAUGUGCCCACCAGUGUCACGCCUUGGGAAUCCGAGGAAAAGGUGGGUGAUCUGACCGGCCUACAUCCCGAGGAGAUCUGGGUCUGCCAACAAUUGGCCAUCACUGGCGACGUCUACCGUUGCCAAAAGGCUCAAAUCUUUCUCGGCCUGGCUCUCUUCACUGAAUACAACCACCAAUUACAUCAAAAACAGAUCGAGAAGCCAAGCUUUUUGAGGAUGGGAAAAGCACAAUUUCAGCUCUUCGGUUCCAUAGAUGCCAACAAGCUUAGUGCUCUGUUUGACGCCUUUACGGCUUGGGGUUGGGUGGGUGAAGCGAAACAAACCUGGAAAUCCACUGAAACGUUGUGCGAAAGAUUUCCAGAAGCCCAUCGUCGCAAGCUGGUGCAGGAAGUGUUUGACUGGGAGAGACGAACCUUACCUCGAGAAUCUUGGGUGGCUGAUUUCUGAGCAGGGAGCGUUGCCAGGGGAGGAAGAACGUGAGGGAACUCCGGCCUGUGUUGUAACGAUGUGAGAGAUCCAAGGGUGCCGGCACCGUUGGGUCUAUGAAAGUCGUGUCUUUCCGCACGACUAGGCUCUCGGGACGAGAGAUAUGUAGCUUGGUUAUCUUCAACCUCAUGGGGCCACGGUGGCUUCCGGAUAGACUCAAGCAAUGAUACAAGUAAUUGAAAGUGG